GUACCGCUGAUGGCAGCACCUCAUAUGAACCUCUCUGUCGACCGUGUUGACAGAAAUACAACAAAGAGACGAGCUGCUUGUAGCGACAUGAUACAUACCACGUUGAUUACCAAUUUAUAUCACGCAUAUGGCAACAUAGGAUACUGAUAUAAGUAAGUUAAAGGGGAGUAUUUAAAUAAGCUCUGACCCCAUUAUCACAUCGGCGUUAGAGGUGUGUGUGGCACAGCCGUGGGCACAACUAGAUGUCAACACAGAGGAAGGGAUAAACACAAGAUUUCCACCUAACUUUAUUAUUUACACAACUGACUUGUAUUCAGCCCAAUCAGACAUUUAAACUGUAGUCACCGCAAAGUGUUUUCUUGUCUGUUAAUUUGCUGAUGUGCUGGAGUGAAUCCUACCUACCAGAUAAAUUGAUAAAUUAAUCGAAUGAUCUCAGGAUUCAGGACAUUUAAGAAAGUUCUUGUCUAGAUAUUUCCGUAUUUCACAUUGCCUUCGCAGACUAGUUCUUUAUUACACCCUUUCAGGUAUAAUUUUCUAUAAUGUGUGCAGGUUUGCAAUAUUUAUACACACAAAUAUUUAUUUCUCUUCUUUUAGAAGAGACCUUGUAAAUAUAUCUUGUGUGGCAGCAUUGCUCUUAGUUAUAGAGCCUAAGCUGUAUGUAGAAUUUGUAAAUAUCUCAUAAGAUUCUUUAGUGAAACUUUUUAUUGAGACCUUGUGGACACUGUGAAUGGUUUACUAGGUCUUAUCAGACCUUAGGAAGGCAUUUAGAGAAGUGAAAAAGCUUAAGAAAUGGCGACAAAGAUGGAGAACACUGGUCCAGGUGUUAUGGGAUUUAACACACACAACAGGCAGCUUAUUGGACAGCCUAAAGCCCCCUCUCAGUUAGGACCCCAAACUGUGAGUGCUCAGCUUGGAAAAGAGCCCAUGGGGACCCAGAAACCAGCCAAUGUAACUCAGGAAGGACCUGGUAUCAGGUUUGGUGACGACUGGAAAAAAAGCCUACAGCUCCCCGCUAAGGACAAUAGAGUCAAAACGUCUGAUGUGACUGCAACCAAAGGGAAUGAGUUUGAGGACUACUGUCUUAAAAGAGAGCUGCUGAUGGGCAUUUUUGAGAUGGGCUGGGAAAAACCCUCCCCCAUUCAGGAGGAGAGUAUUCCUAUUGCCCUUUCUGGCCGCGAUAUAUUGGCUCGUGCUAAAAACGGGACCGGAAAGAGUGGAGCAUACCUGAUCCCCCUUCUGGAGAGAAUUGACAUAAAAAAGGAUCAUAUCCAAGCCCUUGUGGUAGUUCCCACUCGUGAACUGGCUCUGCAGGUCAGUCAGAUCAGCAUUCAGAUCAGCAAGCACUUGGGUGGCGUCAAGGUCAUGGCAACCACUGGUGGGACCAACCUCCGAGAUGAUAUCAUGCGCCUGGAUGAGGAGGUUCAUGUUGUUAUAGCAACACCUGGAAGAAUUCUGGACCUGAUAAAAAAGGGCAUAGCCAAAGUGGAUAAAGUUCAGAUGAUGGUUAUGGAUGAAGCUGAUAAGCUGCUCUCUCAGGACUUUGUAGUUAUUAUUGAGGACAUCAUUGGUUUCCUUGCAAAGAACCGACAGAUUCUGCUCUAUUCAGCCACAUUCCCAAUCAGCGUACAGAAGUUCAUGGCAAAGCACCUGCAGAAGCCCUAUGAGAUUAAUCUGAUGGAGGAACUGACCCUAAAAGGCAUCACGCAAUACUAUGCUUAUGUCACAGAAAGACAGAAAGUCCACUGCCUUAACACGCUGUUCUCCAGGCUGCAGAUAAAUCAGUCUAUUAUAUUUUGCAACUCUACUCAGCGAGUGGAGCUUUUGGCCAAGAAGAUCACGCAGCUGGGAUACUCCUGCUUCUACAUUCAUGCAAAGAUGAUGCAGGAAUACAGAAACCGUGUUUUCCACGACUUCAGAAACGGGCUCUGCAGGAACCUUGUUUGCACAGAUUUAUUCACUAGAGGCAUCGAUAUCCAGGCAGUAAAUGUGGUCAUCAACUUUGACUUUCCCAAGAAUGCGGAAACAUACCUGCAUCGCAUUGGACGCUCAGGAAGGUUUGGACAUCUGGGUUUGGCGAUCAAUCUCAUUACGGCUGAGGAUCGCUUUAACCUGAAGACCAUUGAGGACCAGCUGAUGACGGACAUAAAGCCCAUUCCUGGCAGCAUUGAUAAGAGCCUCUAUGUGGCAGAGUUUCACUCUUUGAACCCUGACUGUGAGGCAGAGGCUCCUCAGCCCGGCGAAGACUCUGAAGUCCAAUAGGAAGCACCAUUAGAGAGCAGGACAGUUGGAGAAACUGAACCAGACUUUUGCAUCUGCUUUUGCACAAACCAGUAACUUCUCUGCUCAUAAGUUUCCUCACCUUUUCCACCUCCACAGUAUUUUUCGUUUUCAGUUGCUGUCAAUGUUUUGCUCUUUUGGGGGGAGGGGUUAUAACUGACCAUAUACAUAUAAAUGACCAUACACAUUCCAGUUGAAACGUACAAGAAUAAAAACAAAACAUUCAGACAAAAGUUCUUGUUUGAUAGAAAACAAUAAACUAAGGUAAUGGUGAAAAUAGAGCUUAGCAUACUUGCAUCAUUGGUUGAGAAUUUACAUGCAAAACCUGUUGAACCUAAGUGCCUUAAAAAUAUAUUAUUAUUAUAUUAUAGUCUCUGUCUUAGAUUAACAUCGUUACUAUGUUAAAGUAUUCCCAAAGACUAAACACAGGAUUUACUGGAUUCUGUGAAGGAAUGAGGAGAAGCAUAUUCAAAUUCUCUUCAUAUUCAGACUGAGGCAGCUAGAGAAACCAGCAUCUAUAGAUAUAUUGCAGAGCUCAGGAUUCAGGUGUCAACAUGAACCAUUGCACUAAACUGCCUGAGGGAAAAAAAAAACUGCAUUAAAAUUGGUGCUUUUUUUGUAGUUUCAUUAGUCAUGGACAAAUGUAAAUUUGGAAUUCAUAAAGAAAUAUAGAUGUAAAUUAUGGUUUCAAGCAGAGACUAAAUUGGCGGGGGUAUUUUUUGUGAUUAGAUGUAUAGAGUAGUCAACAUUGGAAGUGGGUCAAAAAAAAAGUUAUCCACUUCAAUAGUUGAAUCGUCUUUUUUUUUUUUUUUUUUUUUUUUUUUUUUAAGCUAUAUUACAUUAAACAUUAGUAACUUUUUAACAGGCAUGCCAAAACUUGCAUAAUGUGAAAGAUGUCAGACUACUACAUGAAAGCAGAUUCAAAAUAUUCACCACAAUGCAGUGAUUUAUACAUUAACAUAGUUAUACAUUUAAAUGUGAGGAUCUGGUAAAGGAUUUGUCAAGAUGUUUUUUUUUUUUUUUUUUUUUUUUUUUUAAAUAGCAUCUUUCACAGUUUUCAUUUAUUUUGAAAUGAAUGUAUAAAGUUGGUAAUGAACAGACUUAUUACAUUAUUUCCAGAUAUGUGGUAUAAAUGUUUAGAAAUAAAAAUUGGAUUGUGUCCUAUGUGUGACAGCAAAAAUGUAAAAAUAUAUUGUCAUUCUUAGUUACAAAUAGCAUGAAGGAGGUUUAUCUUCAAUGUUAGUUUUUUUUGUGGGGGGUUUCUACAUUUUUCUGUCAUAUCAUAGGACACUGAAUUUUCAACUACCCAUGCAUGUGUAUGUAUAGGAGGCAAAAUGUUCUUUUUAUUCCCUUUUGGAUGUUUGCAACCUCAUGUUGCAUCUGAGAUAUUUUCAUUAAGAAAGUAUUUUCAUACAGCAGAAUUGUAGCAUCUUCUCGGUGGCAGCUGUUUUUUUUUUUUUUUUUUUUUUCCUCCUAAAGAUGUUCUUCAAAAUAUUUUUUUCCUCGCUAUGCAGGCAUAUGUGGCAUGUAGCCCAAAGCUUUAGAGUAGAAACCUCAGUUUGCAUGAGGCACAGUUCAGGGCUGCGUUUCCCAAAAGCAUUGUUGGCUUAAGUGCAUCGUAGACCCACUGAAAACAAUGGAGUCACGACCAUCUUAGGCUUACAGUGCUUUUGGGAAACGCAGCCCAGGCCAAUACGCACUGUGCAGACCAGGGCUGUCAAACUCCGUUCAGGCCCUGCAGAGUUUAGAUCGGUGGAUCUCUAUUUCAGUCCAGGGGACUCCUGCUCUGCACUUUUUGCAUCUCUCUUUUAUGUAACACCCCUGAAUGAGAUCAUCAGCUCAUUAGUUUAGUUCAUGGAGCUCUCUCCUAACUUGCUGUUGAUCUCAAUCAGGUGUGUUUAAAUAGCAGGGGAUCCCCAGGACUAGAUCGAGAGCUACUGGUUUAGAUGCAACCCUAAUUAUUUAAAAGCUAGAUGGUAUGCGUGUCGUAGCAGGGUUGGAACUAAACUCUACAGGGCUGUAGCCUUCCGGGAGUUGAGUUUGACACAAUUUCUGCUGAUGAUCCUGUGCUACUCGAGAUUUUUGUUUGUCUAAGACUCAGCAUACUUCAAAAUCGUAUUUUACUGGAAAAACGUUAAUAAUUCUUCAUCCAUUCUGUCAUGCAGUGAUGGUGAUUUUUUUUUUUUUUUUUUUUUCUCCUCCUUUAGCUUUCAUGUGGUUUAUAAACAGAGGAGCAGAUGUUAUGGGGACAAUUGUUUAAUGUAAAUUUUGUAUAGGAUUCUUGGAGAGAGAAAAAAAUGUGAUGUGUGAAACCCUUUUUUGUAAUUUACGCAAGAAUGGUUUAAUGCUCAUGUUUAAUGUUAGUGAUUUAUGUUUUCAUCUCUAUUGUUUAUUUCAUUUGAAUAGCUCAAGGUUAUGUAGUGUAGCUUGAAAUAGAAUGGAUGUGCCAUUUGUCCCAAACUUCAAUACAUUCAUAUGAGAGUGAACAGAAGGGUUUUUCUUUGUGAAUGUGGAAAAUCUAUAUCAGGGGAUGUUUUUUGGUUUUUAUAAUUUUUUUUGUUUUUUAAAGUGAGGAGAAACAGCAUUUAAAUUGGUUAACUGUUUCUUGUUGAAUUGGCUGUAAUAAAUUGUUGUCAAUCCA